GUGAACGAGACCGCAAUGCCAAGGUGAUCAUUGAGAUGAAUGGGCCGGUGACGAUGAUACAGAACCCUGAAGACAAGAAUGACGAGAAGAAAUUCACAUUCGACUACAGCUACUGGUCGCACGACGGGUCGAAGGAGCAGCCCGAUGGGUACCAUGCACAGGAUCCUUCUCACCCCAACGGAAAGAAAUUCGCUGACCAGAAAAAAGUGUUCAAUGAUUUAGGAAUGGGUAUCCUCACGAACGCGUGGGAAGGUUACAACUCCACACUGUUUGCAUACGGGCAGACUGGGUCGGGCAAGAGCUGGUCUGUAGUUGGAUAUGGAAUCAAUAGAGGAAUUGUUCCACAGUUUUGUGAAAAGAUAUAUCAAGGUAUUGAUGAGAAGUUAGCAGGUGGUGAAAAAACUGAAUUUGAGGUCACAUUCAGCAUGUUGGAAAUUUACAAUGAACAAGUUCGUGACUUACUCGACAUUAAAACAAGGAGAGGAGGUCUGCGGGUUAGACAGCAUCCGAAAGGCGGGUUCUACGCGGAGAACCUGAAGAUCGUGCCUGUACGAAGUUACAACGAUAUUGAGAGCAAGAUAGAAGAAGGUACCUUGAACAGAACUGUCGCAUCUACAAACAUGAACGCAACAAGCAGCCGUGCUCACACAAUCGUUGGCAUCACUCUCGUACAGAAGUUUGUAAAUGCUGCUGGUGAAGAAACGACCAAGUCUUCAGUUAUCAACCUGGUAGAUUUGGCUGGCAGUGAGCGUGCUGAUAGCACUGGUGCGACAGGUGACCGGCUCAAAGAGGGUGCCGCUAUUAACCAGUCUCUGUCAUGUCUGGGAAACUGUAUCGCCGCACUGGCCGAGAAGAGCAGCGGCAAAAACACGCGAGUGCCUUUCCGAGACUCGGUACUGACGAAACUCUUGAAGAAUGCUCUUGGUGGAAACAGCAAGACUAUUAUGAUAGCUGCAGUGAGUCCAGCUGAUAUCAAUUUUGAUGAAUCACUUUCAACUCUACGAUAUGCCGAUCGAGCGAAGCAGAUUAAGACGACAGCGACAAUCAACGAAGACCCGACUGAAAAGCUGAUUCGAGAACUGCAGGAGGAGAACGAGAAACUGAAGGCAAUGCUUGGUACUGGAACAAUGACCGUCAUGAAAGAUGACGAUGAGGAACUCACUGAAGAAGAGAUGGCCAAGCUGAAGGCGGAGCUGGAGGAGGAGUACAAGAGUCGACUGGAGGCCAACGAGCGCGAGCGACUCGAGAUGGAGAAGACCUUCGAGGAGCGACUCAAGGAGGCUCAGGCUCAAGGAGGUAUGGGUACCGCGGGGUUGGCGGAACUGGCUGAAAAGAAGAAGACCGUGCCCCACAUUUACAAUCUCAACAUGGACCCAAUGUUGACAGGUCACAUUGUCCGCUUCCUUGAGAAACCAGAGGUCAAGCUUGGCAAAGGAAGCGACUGUGACAUCCUGAUCAAAGGACCAAGUAUUGCCGAGACACAUGGCAUCUUUCAGAAGGAGGGAAACAAGUACAGUAUUGAGCCAGUCGAAGCGACCUUGAGGAUCAUGAGAAAUGGAAAAGCAGUCGUAGCAAAAACUCCCCUCACACACAACGACAGGUUGAUAUUUGGAAGUACACAGUACUUUGUGUAUGUCAACCCAGAGGAGCAGAAAGCAUCAAAAGAGAAAUAUCCCGAGAUCACGUAUGAGUAUGCUCAGGAAGAAAUAGCUAAGAAGUCUGGUUUUGAGUUUGAAAACAAAACAAGAGAUGAUGCCUUACUGCAGGAGGACAUUACAGAAAUACUGCCAGCUGUGGAGGAAGCCAAUUCCAUCAGUGACGAACUGGACAAGAAAAUGAAGUUUGAAAUCAUGAUUGUCUCCCCUGAAGCAAGAGGGGAACUCAAAGGCCGGACAGAGGUCAUGGUGAGAGUGAUUAAUCUCGAGACGAAACACGAAUGGAUUUGGCCACGACAGAAAUUCCUCAACCGAAAGUUCAUCAUGCAGGAGAUGUACCAGAACCAUCUGGAGGGGGAGGAGUGGGACCUGCCAGAGGCAAAGGACCCGUUUGCAGAAGAUUACGAGGCUGAGUUCCACAUUGGCAGUGUCAAAUUCUGGCUUCAGUCGCUGGCUUAUCUUAUUGAGUCAAAAGAACAGUUGGAGGUUACAGAUUUCAAAGGACAAGAAGUUGGUUUACUAAAUGUGGAGUGCAUACCCUGCAAUGAAAAGGGGAAAGAGUAUUCGGAGAAUGACGACGUUUUUGUUGAUGAUCCGAAGGAGCUGGUUGGAAAACAAGUGUGUUUCAACAUGAAGGUCCUCAACGCCCGCGGGUUACCGAACAAGUUUACUGAUAUUUAUGCCAAGUAUCUGGUGUACCACGAAGUGAAGUACGUGGAGACGAACAAGGUGAAGAAUACAAGCAACCCCGACUGGAACCACGCAUACUUGUACAAGAACCCCCGAGCCGACGAAGAGUUCAUUGACUACUUGUGUACAAGUGCAAUUAUGAUUCAAAUCUGGGGCAAGCAGAAACCACCGAAGAAGAAGAAGCAAGUGAACACACAUACUGCCAUGUUGGCUAGUGUAGCACAGAAAGGACAGACCGCCGACAUAGCAAAUACCAAUACAAAGAGAUUUGAUGCUGAGAAAGUUAAAUACAUGAUGGAGUCUGCCAUGUUGAGGAAACGUCAGGCACAAAUGGAAAUAAGAAUGAAAUCCAUGAAACGGAUGCUGGAUUUAGCCGAACAGCACAAGAAGAAGAAACUGUCGACAUCACUAAUCCGGAGCAUCUACAACGCACCGAACGCCGAUGCUGCCGAGAAAUGUCUCAAGAUGAUUGAGAAGGAGAAAGAUGACAGUGAUGAUGACAGCAGUAGUGACGAAGAAGACAAAAAGAAGGAAAAGAAAAAGGAAAAGAAAAAAUCGGUCGCCAGGCCAAAAACUCCACCAAAGAGUGGUCGUUCAAUUAAAUCAACGAGUUCGGAGAAAAAAAGUGGAUUCUGUGUUUUGCUUUAGUUCUUGUCUUUAUCUAUGGAAUUAAAAAACAAACAAACAAGACAGUGAUUCUUUUUAAUUACAAGACAGUGAUUAUUCAUUAGAAUAAUUUUUUUUUUUUUUUUUUUUUUUACAACCAGAGAUAUCUAGGGCCAAAUUUACCAAGCAAAUUUUGUUACCAAACGGUGACUGAUUUCCAUGUCAAAAAUUACAUUUUGGGAUAAUUUUAUAAAUGUUUUAUUACUUUUCUUUUUUUUUAA